GGGUCAGAGCAGGCCGCGCCCACUCCUCGCGAGAGGGCCGCGCAAUCCCAGAAAGGCUCAGAAGCGGAAGUGGAGUACCGGAAGCGACAGUUGCCAUGGAGUCGGCGGAGGACUGGCUGGUGGAAUCCUUGCGCUUGUACCAGGAUUUCCAUGCAUUCAACCUCUCGGGAGCCACUCAAGUCCUUGAAUGGAUGGGCGACAAAGGAAUCUUGGUUGCUGGCUAUGAAAGCCUGAAAAAAAAUGAGAUUCUUCAUCUGAUAUUACCUCUCAGACUUUCUGUAAAAGAAAACCAGGGCUUAUUUCCAGAAAGAGAUUUCAAGGUACGCCAUGGAGGAUUUUCAGACAGAUCUGUCUUUGCUCUGAAGCACGUGCCAGACACCAGGUUGCUGGUGACCAGUGGCCUUCCCGGUUGUUACCUGCAGGUGUGGCAGGUCGCAGAGGACACUGAUGUCAUUAAAGCUGUUAGCACCAUUGACGUGCAUGAGACUGAGGGGAGCCUCUGGUCCAAAGUGGCCAUCUUCUCAUCAGCGGCGCCCGGAGUCCUGCACGGUGUGAGGCUCAGCAGUCUGAAGGUGGUGGACCUGGAGUCACAGAAGACCACGUACACCUCAGGUGUCGGUGACAGCGAGUUGCUGAGUAGCCUGCAGGUCCUGGACGCAGACACCUUUGCCUUCUGCUGCACCUCGGGCCGCCUAGGGCUCGUCGACACCCGCCAGAAGUGGGCACCGGCAGAGUAUCUCGGCCCCAGCCCUGGGUCCGCUGGAGGGAGGUGGUGUGCAGAAGCUGGGGGCCGGGGCCCUGGGCCCAGCAUUGCCAGCCUUGGCUCAGAUGGGCAGCUCUGCCUUCUGGACCCCCGGGAUCUCUGCCAUCCUGUGAGCUCAGUCCAGUGCCCAGUGUCCACGCCUAGCCCAGACCCAGAGCUGCUGCAAGUGACUUGGGCUCCAGGCCUGGACCACUGCUUGGCCAUUUCAGGUUUUGAUGGGAUGGUCCAGGUCUAUGACGUCACAUCUUGGGAUGGAAUGCAGGGCCGAGUAGAUCCUCUCUUCACUCACAGAGGUCAUAUCUUCCUCGAUGACAAUGGAGCAGACACUGCUCCACUGGUCACCACCCAUACCUGGCACCCGGACAAACCAAGGACCCUGUUAUCGGCAGCGAGUGAUGCCUCUCUGCACGUGUGGGACUGGGUAGACCUCCGUGCUUCCUGAUGACACCAGCAUCUUUCAGCCCAGGCCUGAGGAAGAGGAAGGGCUGCUGUACAGCAAGGAUGCUGAUUUAGGAUUCAGCUGACUACCGGGCCCUGUUACCAGCUGAGUGGCCAUGGGCAAGUCAACCAGCCUCUCUGCCCCAGUUUCUUUAUUUGUAAAAUGAGGGUGGUAAUAACUGCCUCGCAGGGUGUUAGGAAAGCUGGAAGUAAUGUAUUAAAGGGUAACUGAUGGGCUACGAGGCACAGUCAGUAUUUGGUAGCUGCUGUUACGUCUGGGAGCCACACUUCCCCCUCGGUGUCAGACGGCAGUGUCUGACUCUGUCCGCGUUCACAGUGUCACAGUGACACUCUAGAGAGAUGUCGAAUGUAAACAGGUUUUGUGAACAUUUUUACAGAAUGAAAAAUGUAUAAGGGCAAAUAAACAUGAAAAAGAAGUUAAUCCCAGUAGCAGUGAAGGAAAUAGCAAUUAAAACAAGAUGAUACCAUUUCUGCCUACUAAAUUGCCAAAUUUCAAUACACUUGCUUUGAGCAGCUGAGAGAGGUUACAUGGCACGCAGUUCAGAGCAGCUUGGCUCUUCAUCCCAGCUGCAUGCUGUACCAGUGUUCAGCUGAACCGUGGUUACAUGUCCAGGUUCCUGUCAAAUGGCAAUUAGAAUAUUCUAAUUUUCUGCAGUCACAAGUAGUGUGAGCAGAUUUAUAUCCAUGAACAAUAUGUCUGUAGGAUACAUUUCUAAAACUAAGAUUGCUAAGGCAGAAGCUGUGCGUGGUUUUAGGCUUUAUAAGUACUGUCCAAGUGCCUCCGUAGAGAUCGUGCCCCUUUGUGAUAGCGACAGUGAUGGCGGGCCUGUUUCUCUCCUCUCUCCAGCAGUCUCCUUAGUGGCUUUUUGCCCUUUGCCGGUCUGAUAAAUGAAAAAUCAUUAUUUGUACCUUUUAGUCUGCAUUUCUUUUAUGUGAGAAGUUGAGACUCUUCCUUUAUUUAAAAGUUUGGGAGCAACUAUGUUUCAAGGUGAUAACAGUUGGGGUGGGGAGCCAGGCAUUCUCAGUACCACCUGAGGCCCUGGGAGUUCAGGCAGAGACUGGCCGCCCUCCUCUCGGGUGGGUCUCAAGAUAUAGUUAAUUUUGAAAAUAUAUAUGCAUUGAUUCAGAUGAACUUUUUUUAGUAGGAAAUCCUGAAUUAUCCAAAAAGAAAGAAAAACUGUUCAAGGAGUAACACCAGAAAGGAUAUUGGGGGUGGGACAAUUACGUAAAUACAUUUUUUUCAAAUUUUUAAAGAACAGAAAAUUCCUAUGCUGUAGAGACUAUUUCAUAUUUAAAAAUCUAGAAAAUCAUUUUAUGAAGGUACUAUAAUUAAAAUACCAAAACUUGGCCAAGAAACUGUGUGCUCACUCACUCACACAGUCUCUCAGGCUUGGGUAUUCAUACUAGACCGUGGCCCUCAAGACUAUCAGCCCAGCAUUCCUUUUAUAACCAAUAUUUUGAACACCCCCUUUACUAACCGGAAAUAGAAUUUCACAGGAAACAUUCACUAUUUGCAAACCUAAUAUCAAAAUCACUAUAAAAUACAAGGAAAUAAAAUACAAAAGUUUAUGCAUUUCAGUA